GUCCUGUCCAAGGUGCCUGUCCCACCACUGAAGCAGACCCUGGACAUGUACCUGAGCUGUAUGAAACACCUGGUGAAGGAGGAACAAUAUCGGAAGACUAAAGCCAUCGUGGAGAAGUUUGGAGAGCCAGGCGGCACUGGAGAGCUGCUGCAGAAGAAACUACUGGAGAGGAGCGACAAGACAUACAACUGGGUAAACUCCCUCCCUCUCUCACUGGGUAAACUCCCUCCCUCCCUCCCUCACUCAGACAAACAUUGUGUCCCAAAUGGUACCCUAUUGCCUAUAUAGUGCAAGGGCUCUGGUCAAAGGUAGUGUGCACUGUAGGGAAUAAGGUGUCAUUUGGGAGGCAGACAAGACCCUCUAGUAACUGUAAACAUUCAAAUACAUUCUGUUAACCACUAUGGGAGUGUGAUCCUUGUUAGGUUUCUAUUGUUUUUGAAACAGAAGUCAGACUUGGUGUGGGAUGGGAUGCCGGUUUACCUUUUAGCUCCCACAUGUGUAAAGCAUGCAAAGUAGCAUACCCUUAUACUUCUACACUCUUAGAAUAAAGGUGCUAUCUAUAAUGUUUUGGUUGCAGAUAGUACCCUUUUGGUUCCAGGUAGAACCCUUUUGGGUUCCAUGUACAGUGCCUAAAGAAAGUAUUCACAUCCCUUGACUUUUUCCACAUUUUGUUAUGUUACAGGCUGAAUUGAACAUUGAUUUAGAUUUUAUGUCACUAACCUAUACACAAUACCCCAUAAUGUCAAAGUGGAAUUAUGUUUUUCCAAAUGUUUCCAAAUUAAUUAAAAAUGAAAAUUCUGAAAUGUCUUGAGUCAAUAAGUAUUCAACCCCUUUGCUAUGGCAAGCCUAAAUAAGUUCAGGAGUGAAGAUUUGCUUAAAAAGUCACAUAAUAAGUUGCAGGACAAUAAUAGUGUUUAACAUGAUGUUUGAAUGUCUACCUCAUCUCUGUUCCCCACACAUACAAUUAUCUGUAAUGUCCCUCAGUCGAGCAGUGAAUUUAAAACACAGAUUCAACCACAAAGACCAGGGAGGUUUUACAAUGCCUCGCAGAGACGGGUAAAAAAAAGAAGAAAAAAAUGCAGACAAUGUAUUACACUUUGGAUGGUGUAUCAAUACACCCAGUCACUACAACAAUACAGUCGUCCUUCCUAACUCAGUUGCCGAAGAGGAAGGAAACCACUCAGGAUAACAGCUGUGAGUCUUUCUGGGUAAGUCUCUAAGAGCUUUCCACACCUGGAUUGUGCAACAUUUGCCAAUUUAUUAUUUUCAGUAGAAGUAAAAAAUGUAACUCGGCCACUCAGGAACAUUCACUGUCUUCUUGGUAAGCAACUCUGGUGUAGAUUUGGCCUUGUUUUAGGGUAUUAUCCUGCUGAAAAGUGAAAUAAUCUGGUGGAAAGCAGACUGAACCAGGUUUUCCUCUAGGAUUUUGCCUUUGCUUAGCUCCAUUCAGUUUAUUUUUUAUCCUGAAAAACUCCCCAGUCCUUAAUGACUACAAACAUACCCAUAACAUGAUGCAGCCACCACUUUGCUUGAAAAUAUGGAGAGUGGUACUCAGUAAUGUGUUGUAUUAGAUUUGCCCCAAACAUAACACUUUGUAUUCAGGACAAAAAGUGAAUUGCUUUGCCACAUUUUUUUCAGUAUUACUUUCGUGCCUUGUUGCAAACAGGAUGCAUGUUUUGGAAUAUUUUAUUCUCUACAGGCUUCCUUCUUUUCACUCUGUCAAUUAGGUUAGUAUUGUGGAGUAACUACAAUGUUGUUGAUCCAUCCUCAGUUGUCUCCUAUCACAGCCAUUAAACUCUGUAACUGUUUUAAAGUCACCAUUGGCCUCAUGGUGAAAUCCACUGUCAAAGGUGCUUCUACAAAGUAUUGACUCAGGAGUGUGAAUACGUAUGUAAAUUAGAUAUUUCUGUAUUUCAUUUUCUAUACAUUUGCUAAAAUUUCAAAAAACAUGUUUUCACUUUGUCGUUAGAAAAAAAUCAAUGUAAUCCAUUUGGAAUUCAGGCUGUAACACAACAAAAUGUGGAAUAAGUCAAGGGGUAUGAAUUCUUUCUGAAGGCACUGUAGAACCCUUUCUACUGAGUGUUCUACAUGGAACCCAAAAGGGUUCUACAUGGAACCAAAAUGUGUUUUACCUGGAACCAAAAAGUGUUUUCCUAUGGGGACAGCCAAAUAACCCUUUUGGAACCCUUUUUUCUAAGAGUGUACAGUAUACUUCGACAUCACUUAAGGGUGAUACAUUGUAGACCACAAGUAGAAGUAAACAUGACCUAAAGGUGUGAUACAUCAGGAGUGUGUCGAUAAUGGAAAGCUAAACAAUCUCCUUUGAUAACCCAUUGGAGACCUGUCCAUAAAGACUGUAGAGUCUCCACACUGUGAUCGAAGACACUAUCAACUCCAUAAAUGGCCCAAUAUACUUGGACCAUCAAUAACAGCUGGCAACGGAAGGAGGAAAGAACUAAAGCUGUAGCCAUAGAUCUAUCAGAUCUGCCACUUGGUGUCUGCAGGACCGAUCCAUCACUGGCCACUUAGAUGAUCAGUCAGUCCUGAAUUAAAGUAGCUUUCUGAUAUCUAUCAAACUCCCACUCCUCCGCCACAGCCUCUCUCCUCCUCUCCUCCUCUAGUCCUUUUGUCCUCUCUUUCUCUCUGUUAUCUAUCAAACUCCCACUCCUCCUGCUGCAGCCUCUCCCCUCCUCCCCUCCCCUCCUCUCCAUCUUGCUAUGAUACACAGUGCCCUCAUGAUAUUGAUGGCUUCUCACACUGAUGCCCAUGAGAUUGCCUUCUAAGAACACGUUUUCAGUAUUGUGUUUGAAGCCUGUUCAACGAAGCCACAGUUUAAAAACAUGCAGGAGAAGUUGUUGGCACCUUGCCAACAUGGAUGGACAAAGUGGAGUGUCUGUUCUCUCUCUCUCUCUCUCUCAUCUCUCUCAUCUCCCUCUAUCUCUCCUCAUCUAUCUUAUCAGAUCUCUCUCUCGCUUCUCUCUGCGCUCAUCUCUCUCUCUCUAUGCUCUCUCGCUCCUCUCUCUCUCUCUCUAUCUCUCUCUCUCUCUCUCUCUCUCAUCUUCUCUACUCUCUCUCUCUCUCUUCUCUCUCUCCUCUCUCUCUCUCUCUCUCCUCUCUCUCUCUCUCUCUCUCUCUCUCUCACUCUCUCUCUCAGGUUUAUGACUACUGGCUAGAAGACAUGUAUUUGAAUCAGAGAUUGGCCCUACCAGUCAACUCCAAUCCUGCCAUGGUCUUCCCAAAACAAAACUUUAGAGAUCGCAAAGACUCCCUCAGGUAUGUGAAAGACUCCCUCGGGUAUGUGAAAGACUCCCUCAGGUAUGUGAAAGACUCCCUCAGGUAUGUGAAAGACUCCCUCAGGUAUGUGAAAGACUCCCUCAGGUAUGUGAAAAGACUAACUUUCUCAGUGUGAAAUAAGAACUAAACAGCAAUGCUUCAUUCAUUGAGGGGCUGAUGCAGUCAUUUUCUCAAUCAGAUUAGUGCUGGUUGACUGAUAACCAGUUGAAUUACACUUGAAAAGAUGAAGUAAUGUACAUAUGAAUCUUGGCACCGAAAACCAAAUUCAGCUACUCUAACGAGAGACUAUGUACAUUGAACUAUGUAGUUACUUAUUUAGAUAGUUACUUAUUUCGCAUUUUCAAAUUUUCUCAUCCUGAAUCCCUAUACAACUAGAAACUGUCCAACUAUAUAAUGGUAAAUACAAUAUACAGAGUACAGUAUUGUAUUAUACUGCCACAUACAAUGGUGCUGGUGCACUGCAAUACAUGGUUGUUAUGCUUCCUGUCCUGUACUGUAAACCACACUUGGUGAGAGAUUUACAACAAUAUUUUCAGCAGGCAUAAACCAAACCAGAUUUACAACAAUGUUUUCAGCAGGCAUAAACCAAACCAGAUUUACAACAAUAUUUUCAGCAGGCAUAAACCAAACCGGAUUUACAACAAUGUUUUCAGCAGGCAUAAACCAAACCAGAUUUACAACAAUGUUUUCAGCGGGCAUAAAUCAAACCAGAUUUACAACAAUGUUUUCAUCAGGCAUAAACUAAACCAGAUUUUACAACAAUGUUUUCAGCAGGCAUAAACCAAACCAGAUUUACAACAAUGUUUUCAGCAGGCAUAAACCAAACCAGAUUUACAACAAUGCUUUCAGCAGGCAUAAACCAAACCAGAUUUACAACAAUGUUUUCAGCAGGCAUAAACCAAACCAGAUUUACAACAAUGUUUUCAGCAGGCAUAAACCAAACCAGAUUUACAACAAUGUUUUCAGCAGGCAUAAACCAAACCAGAUUUACAACAAUGUUUUCAGCAGGCAUAAACCAAACCAGAUUUUACAACAAUGUUUUCAGCAGGUAUAAACCAAACCAGAUUUACAACAAUGUUUUCAGCAGGCAUAAACCAAACCAGAUUUUACAACAAUGUUUUCAGCAGGCAUAAACCAAACCAGAUUUUACAACAAUGUUUUCAGCAGGUAUAAACCAAACCAGAUUUACAACAAUGUUUUCAGCAGGCAUAAACCAAACCAGAUUUUACAACAAUGUUUUCAGCAGGUAUAAACCAAACCAGAUUUACAAGCUGCAGUACAUGGAGAGUAUCAGUAGCCAGUCUGCAUCAUCUCUUCUCUACUUCUCUGCUGCUUAUUAAAUGAGCUGUGGUCUGCCCGCCUGACAGACAACACACACACACACACACACACACACACACACACACACACGCGCACAUACACACACAUACACGCACACACACACACUCACAAACACACACACAAACACACAAGACCAUCCAGAUCCAGACUGUGUACUGUUACUCAACAUUAGCUUUUGUCAGCUCCCAGUGAGCUAAGUGAAAACUCCCAGGACCUCCAGAACAGCCUCCUAAUAGACCGACAGAGACUCUUAUUAGAUUGGGAGUGACAGAUCCAAGCAGUCCGCUGAGACUGGUGGCCUGCCUAGCUGGCUGCCCUCCUCCUCCCCAUCCACAGCCUCCAUACAGGGGUGUGGUGGUGAAUGUGUGUAAGUAUCUGUAUGUGUGUUUGUGCGUGUGUGUGUGUAUGUUUGUGGUGUAGCCCACUUUGUAUAUUGAUCUGGGGUUUGAACACAUUAACACUGAGACAAAUGACAGAAAACACCAGGGCUGACGUGGCGCUGUGUUUUACUCCCUAUCUAGAUACACACACCGCCCACUAUGCACAUACACACACGUACACAUGCACACACACACAUCCACACACGCACGCACGCACACACGCACACACACACACACACAGGCACGCACGCACACACACACACACACACGCACACACACAUACACACACACACGCACACACACACACGCACACACACACGCACGCGCACACAAACAUCCACACACGCACACACACGCACGCACACACACGCACGCGCGCGCACACACACACACACACACACACACACACACACACACACACACACACACACACACACACACACACACACACACACACACACACACACACACACACACACAGACACAGCAUAGCCCUGUAAUCUAGAAGAAAUGUGAUUAUAGCUCUCCAAUGAGAGAUGUGGGAGGGGGCUGUGGUGUGUCUUGCGUGCGUUUGAAGCAUCAUGAGCAGAUGCAGAUGGACAAACAUACUUUUUAAAGUAACAGCCUAUAACUGUUUGUCAAUCAGUACAUGUGGAUAUUUAAAUGAGGAAUGUGGAUGAUUAAAUAUCCACAUGCAGAACAAUUAUAUAGUUACAAUUCAGUAAUACAUAUACUGUAUAUAUAUGGAAAAAAGUGUAUGAAGAAGAGUAUAUUGUAGAGUAUAUUGUAGAGUAUAUUGUAGAGUAUAUUGUAGCAUAUAGUGUAGAGUAUAUUGUAGAGUAUAGUGUAGAGUAUAUUGUAGAGUAUAGUGUAGAGUAUAUUGUAGAGUAUAUUGUAGAGUAUAUUGUAGAGUGUAUUGUAGAGUAUAGUGUAGAGUAAAGUGUAGAGUAUAUUGUAGAGUAUAGUGUAGAGUAUAGUGUAGAGUAUACUGUAGAGUAUACUGUAGAGUAUACUGUAGAGUAUAGUGUAUAGUAUAUUGUAUAGUAUAGUGUAGAGUAUAUUGUAGAGUAUAUUGUUAGAGUGUAUUGUAUAUUGUAAAUUGAAGAGUAUAUUUCAAUAAUGGAUGUAAUUAAAUGACUCUACUGUUACAUGUACACUUGGUAUUGUGCCAGUCUUAAUGAUGUUGUGUGCUGUGUGCUGUGUGCUGUGUGUUGUGUGCUGUGUGUUGUGUGCUGUGUGCUGUGUGCUGUGUGCUUGUUGUGUUGUGUGUGGGUGCUGUGUUGCGUGUGUUGUGCUGUGUGCUGUGUGCUGUGGCUGUGUGUUGUGUCGUGCUGUGUGUGUGUGUGCUGUGUUGUGUGCUGUGUGCUGUGGGUUGUGUGCUGUGUGCGGGGUGUUGUGUGUGUUUGUGUGAUGUGUGCUGUGUGCGGGGUGCUGUGUGUUGUGUGGCGGUAUGUGUUGUGUGCUGUGUGCUGUGUGAUGUGGGUUGAGUGUUGAUGUGCUGUGUGCUUGGAUGAUGUGUGUGUGGGUUGUGUGCUCGUGUGCUGUUGUGUGUGCUGGUGAUGUGGGUGUGGUUGUGUGCUGUGUGUGCUGUGUGCUGUGUGAUGUGUGUUGUGUGCUGUGUGUUGUGUGUUGUGUGUUGUGUGUUGUGUGCUGUGUGCUGUGUGCUGUGUGAUGUUGUGUGUUGUGUGCUGUGUGCUGUGUGCUGUGUGCUGUGUGCUGUGUGUUGUGUGUUGUGUGUUGUGUGCUGUGUGCUGAAUCAGUCUUUCUAUUCUCCAUCCUCUCAGAUUCGCUGCUCACCUCAUCACAGGAGUUCUGGAGUACAAGGAACAUAUUGACACGUGAGUGCCCUUAAAUACAGUAUGUCCACCUUAUAACGCUUCUAUUCUUUUCUAUACUGUAGAAGGAGAGUAUAAAGAUCAUCUAUAUUCUAGAAUAUAAAGGGGGAAAAUAACACUUUUAUCUAUAAACAGAAUAUGCAGACAAUCUACAACAGGGGUAUUCAACUCUUACACUAUGAGGUCCAGAGCCUGCUGGUUUUCUGUUCUACCUAAUAACUAAUUGCACACACCUGGUGUCCCAGGUCUAAAUCAGUCCCCGAUUAGAAGAGAGCAAUGAAAAAAUGCAGUGGAACUGGCUUCGAGGUCCAGAGUUGAGUUUGAAGGAUCUAGAAUAUAAGUGGAUAAAACGCCCCUGUAGAGCAGCUGAGGUUGUCUGAGGUCCCAUGCCUCUGUGUCUCUGUGUGUUUCCUGGCCUGCUGCCUGACAGGCGGGCAUUGCCGGUGGACUAUUUAUCAUAAACAUAAAUAACACAUACAAACAGAGUAUACAGACCUCAUCUAGAAAAUUAAACAAACAAGUAUUUAUUUAUUUAUUUAUACAGAAACAGAGUACACAUACCAUGUAGAAUAUAAAUGUCCUCUCCAGAGCAGCUGAGGGUUGUCUGAGUCUCUGCGUCUGUGUGUCUCCUGGGCCUUGGGGUUUGACAGGCGGUCGUUGCCUGUGGACUUUGCUCGGGGCCAGCUGGCUGGGACCCCUCUGUGUAUGAAGCAGUACUACCGUCUCUUCAACACAUACCGUCUGCCCGGCCACAAGAGGGACACCCUCAUCAUCCACAAGACUGGGUCGACUGAGCAGGAGCAUAUCAUCGUGGCAUGCAAGAACCAGGUCAGAGAGAGACUAAGGGCUCGAUUCAAUCAGUAGCGGCGCAAUUGAAAUUUAAAGUAAAUUUUCUUUGUCACAUGCUUCGUAAACAACAGGUGUGGACUAACAGUGAAAUGCUUCCUUACAGGCCCUUCCCAACAAUGCAGAGAGAAAAUAAAAUAGAGAAAUAAUAGAAAAGUAAAACACGUAAUAAUAAAUAAUAAUAAAUAAUAAAAGUAUUAAUAAAUACAUAAUGAGUAACUGUAACUUGGCUAUAUACACGGGGUACCAGUACUGAGUCCAUGUGCAGGGAUACGAGGUAAUUGAGGUAGAUAUGUACAUAUAGGUAGGGAUAUAGUGACAGAUAAUAAAGAAUAGCAGCAGCGUAUGUGAUGAGUCAAAAAAUUUAGUGCAAAAAGGGUCAAUGCAGAUAGUCCUGGAAGCUAUUUAGUUAACUAUUUAAAGCUGCAAUAUACCUUCUGGGCGACCAAAAGAAAUUCACAUAAACAUGUGAGUUAUAGAUCUGUCAAUGUCAUUGAAAGCAAGUCUAAGAAGCGGUAGAUCUGUUCUAUGUGCACUAUUUCUAUGCUUCCCGUUUUUGCGGACCAGACUUGGUGCAUCGGUACCGCUUGCCGUGCGGUAGCAGAGAGAACAGUCUAUGACUUGGGUGGUUGGAGUUUUUGACAAUUUUUAGGGCCUUCCUCUGACACCGCCUGGUAUAUAGGUCCUGGAUGGCAGGGAGCUCGGCCCCAUUGAUGUACUGGGCUGUACGCACUACCCUCUCUAGCGCCUUGCGGUCGGAUGCCAAGCAGUUGCCAUACCAAGCGGUGAUGCAGCCAGUCAAGAUGCUCUUAAUGCUGCAGCUGUAUAGCGUUUUGAGGAUCUGAGGGCCCAUGACAAAACUUUUCAGCCUCCUAAGGAGGAAGAGGCAUUGUCGUGCCUUGUUAACGACUGUGUUGGUGUGUGUGGACCAUGAUAGAUCCUUAGUGAUGUGGACACAGAGGAACUUGAAGCUCUCGACCCGCUCUACUACAGCCCUGUCGAUGUGAAUGGGGGCGUUCUCUGCCCUCUAUUUCCUGUCGUCCACGAUCAGCUCCUUUGUCUUGCUGACGUUGAGGGAGCGUGUUGUUCUGGCACCACACUGCCAGAUCUUUGACCUCCUCCCUAUAGGCUGUCUCAUCGUCAUCGGUGAUCAGGCCUACCACGUUGUGUCUUUGCCAAACUUAAUGAUGGGUGGUAGAGUUGUGCGCGACCAUGCAGUCAUGGGUGAGCAGGGAGUACAGGAGGGUACUAAACACGCAUCCCUGGGGGGCCCCCGUGUUGAGGGUCAGCAUGGCGGACGUGUUGUUGCCUACCCUCACCACCUUGGGGCGGCCCGUCAGAAAGUCCAGGAUCCAGUUGCAGAAGGAGAUGUUCAGUCCCAGGGUCUUAGCUUAGCGAUACGUUUGGAUGGCACUAUGGUGUUGAACGCUGAGCUGUAGUCAAUGAACAGCAUUCUCACAUAGGUGUUCCUCUUGUGGAGUGCAAUAGAGAUUGCGUCAUCUGUGGAUCUGUUGGGGCGGUAUGCGAAUUGGAGUGGGAGGGUGUCUGGGAUGAGCCAUGACCAGCCUUUCAAAGCAUUUCAUGGCUACAGAGGUGAGUGCUACGGGCGACAGUCAUUUAGACAGGUUAUCUUGGCAUUCUUGGGCACAGGGACUAUGGUGGUCUGCUUGAAACAUGUAGGUAUUAGAGACUGGGUCAGUGAAGGCAUUUGCCAGCUGGUCAGCGUGUGCUCUGAGUACGCGUUCUGGUAUUCCGUCUUACUCUGUGGCCUUGUGAAUUUUAACCUGUUUAAAGGUCUUACUCACAUCGGCUACGGAGAGUGUGAUCACACAGUCAUCUGGAACAGCUGGUGCUCUCAUGCAUGGUUCAGUGUUGCUUGCCUCGAAGCAAGCAUACAAGGAAUUUAGUUUGUCUGGUAGGCUUGCGUCACUAGGCAGCUCGCGGCUGGGUUUCCCUUUGUAAUCCGUGAUAGUUUGCUACAGUGCCUUGUAAAAGUAUUCAUCCCCCUUGGUGUUUUUCCUAUUUUAUUGCAUUACAACCUGUAAUUUAAAUGGAUUUUUAUUUGGAUUUCAUGUAAUGGACAUACACAAAAUAGUGAAAUGUGAAAUGAGUGAAAUGAAAAAAAUAACUUGUUUCAAAAAAUUCGAAAGAAUAAAUAACAGAAAAGUGGUGCGUGCAUAUGUAUUCACCCCCUUUGCUAUGAAGCCCCUAAAUAAGAUCUGGUGGGACCAAUUACCUUCAGAAGUCACAUAAUUAGUUAAAUAAAGUCCACCUGUGUGCAAUCUAAGUGUCACAUGAUCUGUCACAUGAUCUCAGUAUAUAUACACAUGUUCUGAAAGGCCCCAGAGUCUGCAACACCACUAAGCAACGGGCACCACCAAGCAAGCGGCACCAUGAAGACCAAGGAGCUCUCCAAACAGGUCAGGGACAAAGUUGUGGAGAAGUACAGAUCAGGGUUGGGUUAUAAAAAAAAUAUCAGAAACUUUGAACAUCCCACAGAGCACCAUUAAAACCAUUAUAAAAAAAUUUGAAAGAAUAUGGCACCACAACAAACCUGCCAAGAGAGGGCCGCCCACCAAAACUCAUGGACCAGGCAAGGAGGGCAUUAAUCAGAGAGGCAACAAAGAGACCAAAGAUAACCCUGAAGGAGCUGCAAAGCUCCACAGCGGAGAUUGGAGCAUCUGUCCAUAGGACCACUUUAAGCCGUACACUCCACAGAGCUGGGCUUUACGGAAGAGUGGCCAGAAAAAAAGGCAUGUGGGAGACUCCCCAAACAUAUGGAAGAAGGUACUCUGGUCAUCAAGGAAAACGCUAUGUCUGGCGCAAACCCAACACCUCUCAUCACCCCGAGAACACCAUCCCCACAGUGAAGCAUGGUGGUGGCAGCAUCAUGCUGUGGAGAUGUUUUUCAUCGGCAGGGACUGGGAAACUGUUCAGAAUUGAAGGAAUGAUGGAUGGCGCUAAAAACAGGGAAAUUCUUGAGGGAAACCUGUUUCAAUCUUCCAGCAUGACAAUGACCCUAAGCAUACCGCUAAAGCAACACUCGAGUGGUUUAAGGGGAAACAUUUAAAUGUCUUGAAAUGGCCUAGUCAAAGCCCAGACCUCAAUCCAAUUGAGAAUCUGUGGUAUGACUUAAAGAUUGCUGUACACCAGCAGUACCGAUCCAACUUGAAUGAGCUGGAGUAGUUUUGCCUUGAAGAAUGUGCAAAAAUCCCAAUGGCUAGAUGUGCCAAGCUUAUAGAGACAUACCCCAAGAGACUUGCAGCUGUAAUUGCUGCAAAAGGUGGCUCUACAAAGUUUUGACUUUGGGAGGGUGAAUAGUUAUGCAUGCUCAAGUUUUUAGUUUUUUUGUCUUAUUUCUUGUUUGUUUCACAAUAAACAAUAUUUUGCAUCUUCAAAGUGGUAGGCAUGUUGUGUAAAUCAGAUGAUACAAACCCCCCAAAAAUCUAUUUUAAUUCCAGGUUGUAAGGCAACAAAAUAGGAAAAAUGCCAAGGAGGGUGAAUAAUUUCGCAAGCCACUGUACAAGCUUGACAAAACUGUAUUUGGGGAGUUUCUCCCAUUCUUCUCUGCAGAUCCUCUCAAGCUCUGUCAGGUUGGAUGGGGAGCGUUGCUGCACAGCUAUUUUCAGGUCUCUCCAGAGAUGUUCAAUCGGGUUCAAGUCCGGGCUCUGGAUGGGCCCUUCAAGAGCAUUCAGAGAUUUGUCCCGAAGCCACUCCUGCGUUGUCUUGGCUGUGUGCUUAGGGUCGUUGUCCUGUUGGAAGGUGAACCUUCGCCCCAGUCUGAGGUCCUGAGCGCUCUGGGGCAGGUUUUCAUCAAGGAUCUCUCUGUACUUUGCUCCAUUCAUCUUUGCCAAAAUCCUGACUAGUCUCCCAGUUCCUGCCGCUGAAAAACAUCCCCACAGCAUGAUGCUGCCACCACCAUGCUUCACAGUAGGGAUGGUGCCUGGUUUCCUCCAGAUGUGACACUUGGCAUUCAGGCCAAAGAGUUCAAUCUUGGUUUCAUCAGACCAGAGAAUCUUAUUUCUCAUGGUCUGAGAAUACUUUGGGUGCCUUUUGGCAAACUCCAAGCGGGCGGCCAGCUCUAGGAAGAGUAUUGGUGGUUCCAAACUUCUUCCAUUUAAGAAUGAUGGAGGCCACUGUGUUCUUGGGGACCUUCAAUGCUGCAGAAAGAUGUUGGUACCCUUCCCUAGAUCUGUGUCUCGACACAAUCCUGUCUCGGAGCUCUACUGACAAUUCCUUCGACCUCAUGGCUUGAUUUUUGCUCUUACAUGCACUGUCAACUGUGGGACCUUAUAUAGACAGGCGUGUGCCUUUCCAAAUAAUAUAAUAUGCCAUUUAGCAGACGCUUUUAUCCAAAGCGACUUACAGUCAUGUGUGCAUACAAAUCAUGUCCAAUCAAUUGAAUUUACCACAGGUGGACUCCAAUCAAGUUGUAGAAACAUCUCAAGGAUGAGCAAUGGAAACAGGAUGCACCUGAGCUCAAUUUCAAGUCUCAUAGCAAAGGAUCUGAAUACUUAUGUAAAUAAGUAAUUUCUGUUUUUAUUUGUAUAUAAAUUAGCAAACAUUUCUAAAAACCUGUUUUCGCUUUGUAAUUAUAGGGUAUUGUGUGUAAAUUGCUGAGGAUCUUUAUUGAUUUAAUACAUUUUAGAAUAAGGCUGUAACGUAACGAAAUUUGGAAAAAGUCAAGGGGUCUGAAUACUUUCUGAAGGCACUGUAUAUCAUAUAUGACAUGGUUCAAAGUUCAUAUACGGAAAACGUCAGAAACGUCAAAAUAAACAAUAAACAAUGUGAAGACCGUCAAAGUAAUCGUGACUAUGAGGGCGGGAGGCCGAGAGUUACAUUUUACAAUUAUCUCACUCACAUCACACGAAAAGGCUGAAAGUGAGGCGGAGGAAGAGAGAGUCCCUUCCAUACCUGGAGAUGGUUUCAGGAACUAUCAAUCAGUGGCACAUAUUAAGAAGCCAUCCCUGUGGAGAAACAGAAGAUUAAACUAAAUUACUGAUUGAAUCUGCCAUUUUGUCUGAGAGCCUCCUUGAGUCACAUGGACAAUUGAUCGCGGCACAGGAUUCAUAUUUUCAGGCUGCGUCCCAAAUGCCACUUUAUUCCCUAUGUAAUGCAAUACUUUUGACCAGGACCCAUAGGACUUUAGUUAGCCAGCUACCGUAUGGACCGAUGCACAGCAGGACUUUAGUUAGCCAGCUACAGUAUGGACCGAUGCACAGCAGGACUUUAGUUAGCCAGCUACAGUAUGGACCGAUGCACAGCAGGACUUUAGUUAGCCAGCUACAGUAUGGACCGAUGCACAGCAGGACUUUUGUUAGCCAGCUACAGUAUGGACCGAUGCACAGCAGGACUUUAGUUAGCCAGCUACAGUAUGGACCGAUGUACAGCAGGACUUUAGUUAGCCAGCUACAGUAUGGACCGAUGCACAGCAGGACUUUAGUUAGCCAGCUACAGUAUGGACCGAUGCACAGCAGGACUUUAGUUAGCCAGCUACAGUAUGGACCGAUGCACAGCAGGACUUUAGUUAGCCAGCUACAGUAUGGACCGAUGCACAGCAGGACUUUAGUUAGCCAGCUACAGUAUGGACCGAUGUACAGCAGGACUUUAGUUAGCCAGCUACAGUAUGGACCGAUGCACAGCAGGACUUUAGUUAGCCAGCUACAGUAUGGACCGAUGUACAGCAGGACUUUAGUUAGCCAGCUACAGUAUGGACCGAUGCACAGCAGGACUUUAGUUAGCCAGCUACAGUAUGGACCGAUGCACAGCAGGACUUUAGUUAGCCAGCUACAGUAUGGACCGAUGCACAGCAGGACUUUAGUUAGCCAGCUACAGUAUGGACCGAUGCACAGCAGGACUUUAGUUAGCCAGCUACAGUAUGGACCGAUGCACAGCAGGUGGUGCAGUGUUUCGUUAACCUCUUCCUCUCUGACUUGACCUUCGUUAACCAACAAGGGCUAUUGGGUUCUAAUGACUGAUGUGUUUUCAUUAGCAGGUUUUAUUUUCUAACAGCCUAUUGAACCAAUGUAUCUGUUUGAGUGAUACGUUGCUACAUUUAAUUGCUCCUUGGAGGAAAGGCUUUAAGAUUUUGUAAUACCAGUCAUCUAUUAUGAGGUCCUAUAAUAAACCACAUCAAAUCAGAUGUAUGUUUUAACCUGUAAAUAUUCGAACACAAUUUAAUGUUCAUGACAAAUUUCCCCUCGGAGACAAUAAAAUAAAUCCUAAAAAUGUUGUUUUUCCUCUUCUCAGUUCUUUGUGUUGGACCUAGUGGUAAACAAGAAAAAGCUGAAAGAAAUGGACAUCUUAACCCAGUUGGAGAAGAUAGUGAAGAUGGCGGAGAACUCAGAGGAGAGACAGCCUCCGUUUGGUCUGCUGACGUCUGAUGGAAGAACAGAAUGGGCCCAAGCUAGAGACGUGCUCAUCAAAGGUUUCACUUCAGACAUCUUUCAGUCUACAUUAUAUCAUAACUAUAAUAAUAACACAAAUAUCAAGUAAUAAUAUCAUCAUAGUAAUAACUUGAAAUAAAUCAUGGCAAGACUAUGAAAACACAUCUAUUUGCAUAAACUGACCUAGUCUCCUUCCUUCCUUCCUUCCUUCCUUCCUUCCUUCCUUCCUUCCUUCCUUCCUUCCUUCCUUCCUUCCUUCCUUCCUUCCUUCCUUCCUUCCUUCCUUCCUUCCUUCCUUCCUUCCUUCCUUCCUUCCUUCCAUCCCUCCCUCACUCAGAUUCAGUAAACAGAGAGUCGUUGGCUGUGAUCGAGAAGUGUCUGUGUGUGGUGUGUCUGGACGACCCCAGUGGGAUGGAGGUUGGGGAUACCAGCCGAGCCCUGCUGAUGCUCCAUGGAGGAGGCCAUGAGAAGAUGGGGGCGAACCGCUGGUAUGACAAGCCAAUGCAGGUAGGGCCAUGCCAAUGGCACUACGACCCUCGGCCCGUAUUCAUAAAGUGUCUCAGAAUACGAGUGCUGAUCUAGGAUCAGUUUUGCCUUUUACAGAAGACAAUACAGAAGAAGAUAAUAUGGACGGGAUUGACCUGAUCCUAGCUCCGCACUCCUACUCCAAGAUGCUUUAUAAAUACAGGCCCUGAGCCCAUGCAAUGGAAUAGAAAGAAAUGUAGAAGGUUACAUGCAGGAUGUGUAACCCUUCUCUAUUUCAGUUUGUUGUAGGGGAGGACGGAGUCUGCGGAACGGUGUGCGAGCACUCACCCUUCGAGGGGAUCGUUCUGGUGGCGUGUACUGAAUACCUGAUGAAAUUUAUGUAAGCAAAGGAACCAAACAUGAAUGCAUCCAUAUGGUGGUAAAUCUAUGUGGAGUUGACAAACUGGUAUCCCCCAAGGUUCUAUUGUGGGUUCUGUGCAAUAUAGUUAACAGCCAGUUUAUGACAUUAAAUCUUAAAUCAGAUCUUUCACAUUUACAGCGAAUGUAUUAUUUGAGGUCUGUCAUAAAGCAGCACGCUGUUGAUUAAUAAUAAAUGAUUCUAAAUAAUAAUACAUGAUUCUAAGGAAGUCAUGCGAUGUGCUCUCUCCACAGGACUGGAAGUCCCUCCAAGAUGGGGAGGGCCACCAGCAUGUUGGAACUUCCUACUCCUGCCAGACUGCUCUGGAAGACCACACCCCACACCAAUGGCCUCCUGAAGGCCUCUGCUGAGAGACUACAGAGGUAAGACACACACAUGCAUGGAAGCACACACACACACACACACACACAUACACACACACACACACACAGACACCCUUAAUCUUACCCCCUCACCACAAUAACCACUGCAUUUUGAAUCAAAACGUUGUUUUAUAUUUAUCAAUGUUUUCUAUUCCUCAGGCUGGUUAGAGAUCUGGACAUGGAUGUGCACAAGUUUGAGGUCUAUGGAAAAGAAUUCAUCAAGAAACAGAAGAUGAGCCCAGAUGCAUACAUACAGGUGGCUCUACAACUGGCAUUCUACAGGUAAGGUACACCUGUAUGAGAUGUAUCAAAAAGGACAUGUGGUUGGUUGUUUUGACAAAUUAAGACUUAUUAUACUGUAUCAGCACACUAUUCAUUUUAAUACAUUGUUUGCUAAUUUAUUACUGUCAUUUUAAUACAACAAAAACCUAAAGUAGCUUUGUUUCGUUGGUCACACAUAAAGUGAAUGUAAGGACAUGACUCCAUUGAUAUACAGUAAUUAUAUAUUUUUCAGAUGCAAUGGAAGGCUGGUGUCCACUUAUGAAAGUGCGUCUAUCCGUCGCUUCCAUGAGGGGCGGGUGGACAACAUCCGCUCAGCUACCUCCGAGGCUCUGGCCUUUGUGAAGGCCAUGACGGACGAGAAGGCCUCUCUCUCUGUGAGUCAUUUUUCUUACUUAGACCCCCAAUUACUGGGCUACUCCCAUUAUACUGUUCAUCAUGUCCUCUUAACUGGUGCCAUCGCCUCCCUCCCACCAGAGUCGAGAGUCCGUCAUUCCAGCCACAAACACACCAGCCAGCACGGAUGAAUGCACAGAAGCACGCACACACACACACACACACACACACACACACACACACACACACACACACACACACACACACACACACACACACACACACACACACACACACACAAAAGCAGCUGAUCUCUCUACAGAUUUCAAGCACGAUCUCUCAUAUGAACCCUUGUCUCCUCUCAUAACAUGUUCAAGGUGGAGUAAUCAUAUUUAGCUCAUAAGACUUAAUGUAAUUAUUUAUUGUGAUCUUGUUUGUAUUCAAUUUUACAGGAUUCAGAAAAGAUGAAACGAUUGUUGGAUGCAAUUAACGCCCAGACAAAUUACACAAUCGCAGUAAGUGCAAAAUUUGAAUAAACUGUCCACUGUAUAAGUCCAUUUGAUAAAGAGAAACAUCUAAUUUAAGGCCUAAAUUCAAUCAGAUCAAGCAUUAACCAGCGAUAGCUGAUGUUUUGGCGGUGUUGGAGGUGGAACGGCGUUGUAGCUGUCAAAUCGGAGCAGCUGCUCUUGUGAUCAUUGUCACGAAGCCACACCCGCCCCACUCGCGUUAAAAGUUCAGAACGAGAGAGUGUAGCUUAUAUAGAAAUAAUGACGCUCAAAUUGAAAAUCAUUAAACUAAAUAAUAAGGAUUUUUAUCAUCCUAAUAGAGGUGUAGAUUACAUCUCACAUUCCAGUCUUCAAACUUGUAAAGAAGGCUGCAUGGGAUUUCUCUUAAUGCGCUUUAGGUAUAAUGCCGGUAGCCACUUGUUUAUUUGACAGCUCUAACGCAGUUCCACCUACGACACCGUUAAAAGCUAUGUAGAUGUCGGCUAAAGCAGAUCUGAUUGAAUUGGGCCCUAACUAGCUUAAAUACAUGGUGCUCUAAAGGUUUUUGGUGUUUCACAGGCUAUUAAAGGGUUGGGAAUAGACAAUCACCUUCUAGGACUCAGAGAGAUCUCACAAGAGCUCAAGAUGGAGAGGCCGGAGAUCUUCACAGAUGAAACUUAUGUGGCCAGUAACCAGUUCAUUCUCUCCACCAGUCAGGUAUACCCUCUAGUCAUCGCUUUGCUAUGUGGCUAUUUCUAGUGCAACCAUAAUACAUCCUAUAUAGUAUGUGGAAUUUAGCAGACGCUUUUAUCCAAAGUCAAGCAUGCAUACAUCUAAUCUUAGUAUUUGACAAGCAGCUAGAAGACAAUAACAUUAUUUCAACCAAUUGUGUUAUAAUUGUUUAUUACGUAUAUAUAAAUAAUCUAUGAAGUAAUCAGUAACAGUUUAUAUAACUACUUAUAAAUCCCUAGUUAAAGAAUACCUGAGUAGAUGGCAGUGGCGAUUUUAGCAACAUCCGCACCGAGCUAAAGGCUACAACUGCCGCUUUCAAGGAGCGAGACACUAAUCUGGACGCUUAUAAGAAAUCCCGCUAUGCCCUCAGAUGAACCAUCAAGCAGGCAAAGCGUCAAUACAGGACUAAGAUUGAAUCCUACUACACUGGCUCUAAUGCACGUCGGAUGUGGCAGGGCUUGCAAACUAUUACGGACUACAAAGGAAAACCCAGCCGCAAGCUGCCCAGCGACGCGAGCCUACCAGACGGGCUGCAUGCCUUUUAUGCUUUGAGGCAAGCAACACUGAAGCAUGCAUGAGAGCACCAGCUGUUCUGGACGACUGUGUGAUCACGCUCUCCGUAGACAAUGUGAGCAAGACCUUUAAACAGGUCAACAUUCACAAGUCCGCAGGGCCAGACAGAUUACCAGGACGUGUACUCAGAGCAUGCGCGGACCAACUGGCAAGUGUCUUCACUGACAUUUUCAACCUCUCCUUGACCGAGUCUGUAAUACCUACAUGUUUCAAGCAGACCACCAUAGUCCCUGUGCCCAAGAACGCUAAGGUAACCUGCCUAAAUGACUACCGCCCUGUAGCACUCACGUCGGUGGCCAUGAAGUGCUUUGAAAGGCUACUCAUGGCUCACAUCAACACCAUCAUCCCGGAAACCCUGGACCCACUCCAAUUCGCAUACUGCCCCAACAGAUCCACACAGAUGAUGCAAUCUCAAUUGCACUCCACACUGACCUUUCCCACCUGGGCAAAAGGAACACCUAUGUGAGAAUGCUGUUCAUUGACUAUAGCUUAGCGUUCAACACCAUAGUGCCCACAAAGCUCAUCAUAAGCUAAGGACCCUGGGACUAAACACCUCCCUCUUCAACUGGAUCCUGGACUUCCUGACGGGCCGCCCCCAAGUGGUAAGGCUAGGCAACAGCACAUCUGCCACGCUGAUCCUCAACACGGGAACCCCUCAGGGGUGUGUGCUUAGUCCCCUCCUGUACUCCCUGUUCACCCACGACUGCGUGGCCAGGCAUGGCUCCAACACCAUCAUUAAGUUUGCUGACGACACAACAGUGGUAGGCCUGACCCACCCCCCCCCCCCCCCACACUGCUGCUACUCACUGUUUAUUAUCUAUGCCUAGUCACUUUACCCCUACCUACAUAUACAAAUUACCUCAACUACCUCAACUACCCCCGCACAUUGCCUCGGUACCGGUACCCCCUGUAUAUAGGCUCGUUGUUGUUAUUUUAUUGUGUUACUUUUUUCAAACUUUAGGUUAUUUAGUAAAUAUUUUCUUAACUCUAUUUUCUUAAAACUGAAUUGUUGAUUAAGCAUUUCACGGUAAGGUCUACACCUGUUGUAUUCGGCGCAUGUGACAAAUACAAUUUCAUUUUAUUUUAUUUUAUUUUGCAUGUAAAUCUUGGUAGGGUAAACUCCCAAAAAAUAAUUGGGAUGCAUGCCAGCAAAGCCGCUACACAACACAACACAACACAACACAACACUAAACAAUACAUUAAUUGCACUAUAACGGUGACAAACGGUGCCCACAAACUGUUAGGGCCUACAUAAAGCUGUCCCAACAGCAGAGCUUUCUUUUCAGCACCAUGGAGUGAAUCCUUACCACCGCUACACCUGGCUAUCAGUGGAGCCUUGUCUGGCAGCAAAAAAGUUCAUUCAGCUUCAUUUACUGACUUGCUUAAACAAAUGUGGUGUCUAAUGACAAUUGAGAUGUAUGAACUAUGGCAUAAGGGAGCGAUGAGCGGAUAAGAGGCAAUCCGUAAUUUCGAUUAAGACAUUAAUCAGCAAGCUAAGACGGACGUAGUCAAUAUAACUAUUUGUUUAGCACUUUUGAAAUGUACAGUGACAGAAUUCAGAACAUAACGGGGGCAUAUAAGCAGACAAUGAAAGCUCGUACAAUAUUCGAUUAUGACAUUUCUCUAAAACAUGUGCACCACCAAGUCAGAACAGUAGGUUAAGUUAUGAGGGGGAAAGGGACCAAAUUAUUAGGGUGAGGCACAUGGGCUACUAACAGCUUACUACACAACAUACACUUAGUAUUACUUUUUUAGCUACAGUAUACAUAUCUCCCUGGCAUAUUACAUAAUUUAUGCAGCAGCAUACAAUAAAUUUUUUGCACCGUUGUGCUGUGCUCACUUCAACAGGAAGGUGGCGCGGCGGUCAAUCUUGUGGGCAAAUGUCAUUUUAGAAUUCUCUGGAUUUAUGGUGCUUUCAAGACAACUGGGAGCUAGACAAAAAACAAGGUCGAAUCAUGACGGCAGUGAUCUUCAGGUCGGUGCUCUAGAAAGAGGCCAGAGUUCCCGACUUGGAAUUCUGAGUUGGAUGACCGUUCAAAACGUAUUUUCCUAGUCAGAACUCGUUUUUUUCACUGAAGUCUGAGAUGUCCAAGUUCCGAGUUUCCAGCUGUUUUGAACGUGGCAGAAGUCAUGCUGGAUUGACAGCAUAGGCCAAUGUAUUCAACCUUUUCUGGUCCAUGGUGUUGCAUGUGAAUGUUGAUCCUUUUAAGCUUGGAAAAGAGACACUUAAACCCAGACUUGGACCACACACCUUCUCCACUGAAUAGCAGUUAGCCACUGAUUCCUUCCAAACCACACAUAGUUGAAUUUGUAUUUUCCAAUUUAUUGUGUAAUGUUUAUGUCCAAUGGCCGAUGAGCCUAAGAUUGACAUUUGAUCUAUAAUUUAUCUUCAUAUGACAAGGUUUGAAAAGGAUUUGCCAGUAGAUUGUUGACUUGAUUCAUGAUGAUGACUGCUUGUCUAGCUUGCUACCUAAGAUUUUGAAAGUAUGAUGUUGACAUGAUCAGUCCAAUCAAAGCUACGGUAGAGGCUUAUAGAUAUAACGUGAUUUGACGUCAUUUUAUCUGUGGCCAAUGACCUUGAGCCUUCUUGGAUGGGCACUUCUAAUGUAACUCUAUGACUGCACCCAAGGGGCUUGAAUUUUCAAGCUCUCCCUGUAGAUUUUGUGGUGACGUAGUUUCCCCAUGAGUGACAGAACAUUGAGCCAAUCACGGCGCAACUAGAGAACAUUACCAACCCCUACACUCUGUAUGGUCCGUUGGCUGCCCCUCCACCACAGAAAGCACUGAGCUAGGCUGAAACACCUGCAUUUUGGAGCUGCCUUACUCAAGAAAGCAAAAAAGAGACCAUGUUUGAAUGCGGCUUUAUUAACCCAAUUACAUUGUUUGCAAACUGAUAUGUGACACGUAUUAAUGCCAAAACAACCUGCAGGUAGACUGGGGCAGGUAGAUGGGUAUUAACUGGUGUACAUCCUCCUCAGGUCCCUACCACAGUGGAGAUGUUCUGCUGCUAUGGCCCGGUGGUUCCUAAUGGGUAUGGGUGCUGCUACAACCCCCAGUCAGACCACCUCCUCUUCAGCGUGACCAGCUUCCACGGUAGCACCGAGACCUGCUCGGCCGUGUUCAUCAAGGCUCUGGACGAGGGCCUCGUAGAGAUGAAGGAUCUGUGCAAGAAGAGUAAUAAGCCUCAGAGCAGUGCUGCUCCUGCUGCCUCGAAGGUGGUUGAGAAAAGCCAAGGAGCAGGCAGCAAGCCUCCAAGCACACUUCAGAAAACAGAG